CGGGGGCCGGGCCGAGUCGGGCGGUGAUGGCGGCGGGGCGCGGCGGGGGUUGGGCGGCCGUGGUGGUCCUGGUCGUCCUGCUCCUCUUGCUCGUCGUGUUGCCGCCACCGGGCGCAGCCUCAGCCGCCGCCCUGCCUGUUGUCAUCAACACCUGGGCGUUUAGGACGGCCGCGGAGACAGCUUGGAGAGUACUGGAGUCAGGAGGUUCUGAGCUGGAUGCGGUUGAGAGAGGCUGUGGGCAGUGUGAGAUUGAUCAGUGCGAUGGGAGUGUGGGAUACGGAGGAAGCCCAGAUGAAAGUGGAGAAACAACUCUGGACGCAAUGAUUAUGGAUGGCAACACUAUGGAAGUUGGGGCUGUUGCGGAUCUCAGACGUGUAAAAAAUGCAAUUGGUGUAGCACGAAAGGUCAUUGAAUACACUAAGCAUACAUUAUUAGUGGGAGAGUCAGCCUCCCUGUUUGCUGUAAGAAUGGGGUUCCCAUACGAAGAUUUAACAACCCAGAAAUCACUUUCGCUGUAUUCAGAGUGGCUUAAUCAAAGCUGUCAGCCAAACUACUGGAAGAAUGUGGUACCAGACUCUUCAAAAUCCUGUGGACCAUAUAAACGGCCUGGAAAAGUAACUUAUAAAGAAGAACAGACCAUCUCACAAAGAAGUGUUCAGAACCAUGAUACUAUUGGUAUGGUUAUAAUUGGUGUGAGUGGAACCGUUGUUUCUGGGACAUCUACUAAUGGUGCAGUCCACAAAAUUCCAGGCCGUGUUGGAGAUUCUCCGAUAGCUGGAGCAGGAUCUUAUGCGGACAGUACAGCUGGAGGAGCUGCAGCCACUGGGGAUGGUGACAUUAUGAUGCGCUUCUUACCCAGUUAUCAAGCUGUGGAAUAUAUGAGGAUGGGAACAGACCCAACAGUAGCCUGUCAGAAAGUCAUUUCCAGAAUCCAGAAGUAUGCUCCAAAGUUCUUUGGUGCUAUCAUUUGUGCCAAUACAACUGGAAGUUAUGGUGCUGCAUGUAAUAAAAUUCCAGGAUUCACUCAGUUUCACUUCAUGGUUUCUAGCCCUUUGCUAGGUCGACCAACUGAGCAAGUAGUAGAUUGCAUUUAAUUUCUUUUGGCCUAUUAGCAUCUCAGUUUAGAAGAGGAAAGUGCUAAGGUUCCCUAGGAGUUACUUUUUAAAAUGGUUGUUUCAAGCAUCUAAUGGCUUAUAUGGUCUGUUUGUUUUCCUGAGGACUGAGUAGCUAAAAGUAAUGAAUAGUAACCAUUGAACAGGACCUUUGCUUUGGCAUUUAAAAACAUAUUUGUCAGAAAUCUCGAGUAAAGGGCUGGAACUAUGACUCUACACAGGAGACUUAUUUUGAGACUACUUAAUUCUCUUUCUAAGAUUUAGUCUAGGUUUUCUUUUCUCUUGAAAAUAAAAUUGCGUAAAAAUGCCAACAAGCAAGGAAAGGGGGUUGAAGAGUAGUGGAGUCUAUUUCAAAGCCUUAAUGAAGAAAUAAGAGGCAUCUCCUUAUGGACCAUUCUGACUUGUUUCACAACAGCUGAGAAUACAUUUGAAUAGAGAGAACAUGCAAGCAUCCCUGGUAGUGCAAACCUUCAAGGAAUAUUGUUUGACUCUGACUGGAUGUGAAGACAAUUGGAAAUCUUCCUGUCACCUGGUUUCUGUAGUGGAAGUUAAGUUAUGAAUCAUAGUCACAGUGAUUUCUUUGUCACUAAUAUGCUGUGCACUUGCCCUUUCCUGUAGCACAUUUAGCCCUGCAAAGGAGCAGUUGAAUACCUAGAGUAUGACAGUUACCUACAGUUUUGGGUUUUGUCACUUUCUGUGUCUAGAGACAGAAGGAUUCAUUUGUAAUAGAACUCCAGGAUCCAUGAGGAUUGUUCCAUAGGUAUUUGAAGAUCUGUUUUAUUAUUCUCUUAACUUGGCAGCCUGCUGAUCAUUUGAUUGAAUCUGUUAAACUUGAGCUAGGAAAAUGUGAAAGGUGGGAGCAAAUAGAAUGAGUGUGUCUUGUCACUUUAAUUUUUCUUUGUCUACUUGAAUAAAAUGAUUGGGUAAUAAAAGCACACCUUAAUGUAUCAUGUAUAAGUAAGUUUGUUUGGAUGCUUGUGUACCUUAGAGUGAUUGUUCCAAGUUGGUAUCUUUAAAAGCUGGAAAUAAACCACUCAAACUAGAAUAGCUAUUUUCAAUGGCCUGCUGUUGAAAUUCAUCAACAAAGUGAUUUAUUCAGAGGAUUCGCUUCUGUCAUUGGAUCUUCAGAGCAUCUUGUAGGACAGAAUUCACUGCAGGCCACAAUAAGCUUUUAUCAAGUGAAGCUCCAAGUGAGUAUAUCUGUAGUGGUUUAAGAUAAGUUUUCUACCUGUCCUACUUACAACCUUCUGCCAUGGCUGCUCUAUCUUCAGAUAACUCAGGCAGUCAAGUGCAAAUAGAUUAAUAAAAUCCCAGUGAUUGUUACAUUGAAGAUAGCAUUGUGGAUUAUAAACAUAGGAGUUUCAGUACUGGGAGCUGAGCAGUAAUGUUUCAAAGUGCUGCAGCUGAAUCUGCCAGGACUCAUUUGUGAAAGAGGUUGGGAACAUCCAUGGCACACUUUCUAGUGUGCUUAUCUCACUGUGCUAGCUAGUGUAUGGCAGUGGAGGUUAUGGGUGCCCUGUAACAGUGUACCUUGAAGUCACUGUUGCAGUGCUAACUCCCUGUGUAGUCAGCUCCUCUGGGCUGGAUGACAGCUGGCUGAACGUGAGCCAGGUGGCCAAGAAGGCCAAUGGCAUCCUGGCCUGUAUCAAAAAUAGUGUGGCCAGCAAGACUAGGGAAGUGCUUGUCCCUCUGUACUCAGCACUGGUGAAGCCACACCUUGAGUGGUGUGUCCAGUUUUGGGCCUUUCACUACAAGAAAGACACUGAGGUGCAGGAGCGUGUAUAGAUAAGAGCAAUGCAGCUGGUGAAGGGUCAAGAGAGUAAGUCAUGUGAGGAGUGACUGAGGGAGCUGGGAUUGUUUAGCCUGGAGAAAAGGAGGCUCAGGGGAGACCUUAUUGCUCUCUACAGCUGCCUGAAAGGAGGUUGGGUUGUAGCAAGGUAGGGAUCAGCCUCUUCUCCCAGGUAACUAGAGACAGGACAAGAGGAAAUGGCCUUAAGCUGUGCUAGAAGAGGUUCAGGUUGGACAUCUGGAAGAAUAUUUUCACAGAGGGGGUGCUCAGGCAUUGGAAUGGGCUGCCCAGAGAAGUGAUGGAGUAACCACCACAACCCUGUAAGUGUUCCAUAAAUGGCUGGAUAUGGCACUUAGUGCUACAGUUUAGUUGGCAUGGUGGUAUUUGGUCAAAGGUUGGACUUGAUCUUGGAAGUCUUUUCCAACCUUAAUGAUUCUGUCUUAAUUACUUGUCUCCAUGAGAUGUAGAUACUAAUCCAUGUGGUUUGACAAUGUAGGUUGUUUUGUUAUGAUGAAUUAGUUAUAAAUGAACAGGUUAAUUUUUGUAAAUUAUUUUGAUAUAUUUUUAAUUUGACAGUGUAUUAUAAUAUUAAGAAUGUACCAUUCUGAUGUUAUGGGCAGAAAUCUGAAUUAAAAAAAAUGCUUUAAUAUUUUGUCUUAAAAAUAUUUCUUUAAAUGUUACUAUUGGUGUUCUAUUAUGCUUAGCAGACACAUUAAUUUUUUUAAGAAAGAUAAAUAUCAAGUAGAAACUCUUGCCAAAAGUUUGUUCCUCCACGUAAGUUCCAUUAAAUUUACAACAUUGCUUAUGUCUGAUCUGAUGACUGCAUUUGCAGAUUGCAUUAGUCAUCAUGGAAUGUCAGGGUAACUGAACAGGAAAAAUGCAUCAUGAUACUCUGUCGCUUUAAUUUUUUGGCUUUUUAUUGUUUCAAGUUUCAAAUGUUUAAGAUACUUCUCUAUUGAAGGUUCAGUAACUUGAAUUCACAAAUGUGAAUAGUCUCAGUUACAAAUGAGCUUUUUGUCAAAAAUUGACAGCAUUUUGUAAUUUUUUUCCUAUUGAUUCAUUUCCUAUUGAUUAAUUUCUAAAAGAAAUUAAAUUAUAUAUAUAUUUACAGGUUAGAGUAGUAUUUCAUAAUAUAUGAAUCAAUCAUAAUGUUAGAUAAGAUUGUAAUUGCAAAACUGAAGUGAGAAAUAUAAACUAAUUUCUCUCACAUAGAAUUUUAGGUCCUGGAUGUUUUAUUGUUUGAAAGUCUGAAGAAUGUUUGCCUUCUUGUUAAUUUUCACAGGUUCUGUUACCACAUUCCUUUUGCUCAUGGCCUUCACUUAAAUUGUGGUAUAUUUUCUCUGUUGUUUUGUGGGACCUUGACAAACUAGAUUCUCUUCAGGACUCCUUCUUCUUUGUGGGAUAAAUAGGGUUUUUCAGCAAGUUGUUUUCAUUUGUAACCCAAAUUCUCCUGCAUGCCUUCCUGCCCCUCACUCCUGCUGCAUGCCAAAGUAAUUUCAUCUGUGGCUUAAAUUACAUUUUAGGAUGACUUUUGUUAAGAGUCAGUGUUGCAUACUACUGAUGCCAUUUCACAAAAAUUUCAAAAAUCACCUCCAGACCAAAUAGAUACAUAGCUUACACUCGCUGCAAACUGCAGCAUUUUGUAAAGCAUUCUCUGGUCUGUCUAAAGCCUUCUUCCCUGUAAAGGUAUGCUGCUUUUCCUGCCUCCCUCCUCUAUAAUCAGAAGAAUCCUAGUGGUGUUUUUCCUGUUCUGCUGCCAUUAAUGGUGCUUUAUACUUUCUUCAAAUGUGGAGUUUGUUUUCUAAAUGUUUUCUCUAUAUUAAUUUUACUUUCUUUACUGUCAGCAGACCUGUCAUAACAGCUUUCUUGACACAUUCUGACUACACCCAUCCAAGUUCAACAGUUGGUUAAUUUUCUUUCUGAAGUUUAUUUCAUACAUGAUUCAUACACAGUCUACAUGAUGUCUACAUCUACAUGAUGUAGACUGUGUUGUAUUAUUUUGUCAAGUGGUAUUUGGCAGAGGGGAUCCCAGUUCUGCAUGUUUGAAUUCUUAAAGGUGGGAUAAUUACUCAAGCAGUAGCUCCCAGUAUCGCCAUACUACAGAUUUAGAAUUACACUUAGCUGGAUCAUGAAUGCUUAUUGUUCUUAAGUAGAUGCUUAAUGGUAUAUGUGGUUAUUUAUUAAAUACAAUGUGACAGGCUAUUUGAAAAUAAGAAUGCUUAUGCUUGCUCACAGUACUGCUCCUGCAUAGUCUUUGUUAUGAGAUAAAUUCCAAGACAAAUUAUCAUAGAUAAUCUGUGAGAAUUAUAGUUGGAUUGGCAGGCUGAUACAUAGAGAAGUAUAAAGGAACUGAAACUUCUCGUAAAUUAAUAUUUUUAUCUGUAGCACUUUUCCUGAGCAUUGAGGAACAAUGUAGAACUGAGAGUUUCCUACUUUUCCCGUGUAACCAGUUCUUUAGUUAUGUGGUUUAUUUCUGAAAGAUUUACAGUAAUGGAUGUAGUAAAAUACUAUAAAUUAAAAGAGUGGAUGUAAAAAGCAUUAUAGACAAGUUUAAUUCAUAUGCAGUCAAGUGCGUUUUGCUAAUUUGGUUGUUACUGAAGACUAAUUUGUAUGUUAUAAAGUAGAAAAUAAAUUAUGUUGGAGUAGCUUCAGUGUUAAUGAACUGUAGCUAUUUCAGUUCAAUCUGUAUCCAUUAUUACAAAUCUGUCAACACAAGAAGUCCUGUGGUCUCACUUCUCAGCAAGAGUUAUGACAGUUUUUGUUACUGCUUAGUGACAGUGCUAGCCCCAAAAUGGGUUUUUCAGGGUAACAUCACUUUGUCACAUGAGCUUAAGAGUUUUUAUCAGCCUUUAACUGAUUUCUGCAGUGCUACUUCUCCCUGCCUGCUAUGUUUCUUUCCUGGAGAUUACUGUUCCGAUACCAGGACUGGCAGACCAGGGUGUGCUUCAUGCCAGAUCCAGCAGUUUAACCUCUCUGACCUCCAUCUUGCACUGAGAAUAGCAGUGCCUGCACCCCAUUCCAUCGGCUCUGCUGUGGGGUUUAUAACUUCUGAGCAGCAACAAACAGCUCCAAGGCAAUUUGACUGUACUUGUUUCCUGGGAGAGUAUGCAUCAAGAGUAUGUAUCAUACCAUCCUUAUUCCCAUGACUUGACCUCCAAGACUCAUAGUUACAGCAGUGGUAAUAAAAUCCACAAAAAGCAACUAUAAUGAACAAGAAACAAUUAACUAAUAGUGAAGUGCUGAAGACAAGGUUAUAUUUUAAGAUUGUUCAUCUCUCAAGGAUGGUUUCAGCUGGAUAAAGAUUUUGCUGCCCUAAGUGUUGUUGGUAUUACCCACAUCCUCCAGUAUGUGUUCUUUCUUCAGUUAUGCAGGUGGUUCUGGUGAUUGUGCAGCUCCACAAAAUGGAUCAGCUCGCUGUCUGGCUGAAAACUGUUAUUUUUUUUCUUUUUCAGAAUGUGAGUAAGCAAGCUGUUCUGUUUUUACCUUACAGCCACACAGCUGCUAAUACCAACACAGGGUAGACUGCAGGAAUAUGCAGUAGGGCACUGAGGAGCAUGGGAAACAAUCCAGCUGGUGACAGCACAUACUUAGUUUGGGCAGAAGACUCAUCAAAAUUUUCCUGUAGACUAAAGUAAGGUGCCUGUCUCUCUGCAGGUUUCAUGAUUUAACCCUCAGGCUAGAUGCCUAUUUACUAUUUCUCCCCAAUAAAAUCGGUAAAAGACAUGAGAGUCAGGGAGUAUUUUUGUGAACAGGCUAUUGUCAUGUUUCCCAUAUUCUCUCUUCUGUCAUGCAAAUACUUAGUUAUCUACUGUAGGUUUCACAUUUUCCGGAUGGGAAAGUGCAAAAUCUCCAUUCAAGUUUUUUCUGAUCACCACCUCUUAAAAUGUGAUUUUGAAUUUCUGGUGCCUGAGGAGGCUUUACAACUUAAUCUUAUACUUAGAGCAUCUGUUACUACAAUGCUUUAUGAAAAUGAGAACCAUGAAUUCAGUCUCCUUGACUGGCUAUUUAAUUGAAAGUCACUGUGAAAUGUGCUUUCUGUUAAUACCACUGUGUUUUGGACAGACUAUGAUAUUGGACUCGUGGGGAUUUCUGUCACAGGGAUGCCUGGUUACUGAAUCACAAAGAAUUUUAGGGAAGAGACAAUCACCAAUAUACUCAGUGGAGCUAAGAUAACAUCUGCAGGCACAUUCAAGAAUAGAGCUAUAACCCUGUAACUUAAUUUGAAAAAUCAAGACUCUUUCAGACUUGAGAAUAGAAGUUUGAUCUUGCAUAAAGUUGUACUUUUAUAACAAUAAUGUAGUGCCUUACUAUGAGAAAUGUAAGUGCUAAUUCCAGAUAAAUAUUCCAACUGUCAUUUAUAGUUAUCAUUUUUGUACUUUGGUCAGGCAGGCAGCUAUUCAUAGUAUGCCAAUCAGUGUCAACCAUUAUGCUCUUCUUUGUAGCUGUGAUUUUACAGACUUGGCAUUUGGGAAGAACUUCAAAUGCAUACUAGAAUUGGAGGCAAUCCGGUCAUAUAAUAGACCAUCUCAUGUAAGUGCCUCUAAAGUAUUACUCACAGCGAAUAACAAAAUCACUGAACAAUACAGAACUACUGAUCAGUGUGCAAAGAUUAGAGUAGUCCAUCCUUAAAAAGGAAGAAGUUGCCCUUUCUUGGGAAAAUCCAGAAAAGACCUAGGUACCAGAGUCCAACAUUUUAAGCUUUAUGAGAACCUGUGUGCUUUGUAUCAGGUGCUGCUUUCUAUCUUUGUAGGUAUCCCAUCUGUAUGUGUUUCUGUUAGUGGGGUUGCAUAAAAUCAGUAGCUUCAAUGCUAGGAAGCUAAAAGGCCCUCAAGCUCCAGUCGUUCUCUUCUAACCCCAGAGCCUUGUUGGAUGGACUUGCUGGCACACUGAGUGCUGAUCAGCAGACAGUGAGUUUGUGCAUCUGAGCCUUGUUGCAUUUGUUUGUUUUAAUCACUGUGCUAUUAUAUGUGAAACGUGAAAAUCUAUGUUCACAUAAUAAACCUGCCUGAUCCUCCUAGAACACUGAG